ACGUUCUGUGUGUCACGGCACGUUGUUUAACGGGAUCGGGAUUACUCUCGGGAAGAAAAUUGUAAAAGAUUUUCUUUAAUACGGGAAUGCUAAUCGUUAGGAUGGCCGCCAUUUUGUCCGGAGGUGGCCCGGUUGAGUGAACGGGGCGAAAAUAGUUGCUCCCUGGACACACCGAGGAUUGUUGAAAUUGCAUAGAUAAUGUAGGUAUAGUUUAUUCAAACAAGGCCUUUAGGGUAUAAUUAUAUUUAAUGUCAGUGAAUGAGUUGGAUGAUUGUUAUUGGUGGUGCGAUUAUUGGACCAAAAGGUAUUGAGACAAUUGGAAUAUAGCAAAGAGCGUACAAAAUGACGAUUGCCACAAGAGGCCAAGGAGUAGGCAUAGACCCUCCUGACAGCCAGCAAAGUACACAGAUGCACAGUCCAUCGGGCCCACAACAAUUAGCUGACACAAUGUCGGGACUUCAACUCACGGAGAAUGUGGUACAAACAGAAUGCACCAAUGAUACCUUAGCUUCAGUAGAGGAUAGUAAUCAGCUCCAUGGCGAGCCAGAUUUUCCUGUUGCAAAACUCAAUAUGCUUCAUGAAAAAAUAUCUAGUCCACGAUGGGUUGUACCAGUUCUGCCAGAGCAAGAGUUAGAGUGCCUGUUACAAGCCAGUAUCGAUCUUUGUAAAAAAGGAAUUGAUGUACAAAGUGAAGCGUGUCAACGCUUUUUUCGAGAAGGACUCACUAUUUCUUUUACCAAAAUAUUGACUGAUGAUGCAGUAAGUAGUUGGAAAAUGAACAUUCAAAAUUGUAUUAAUGCAAACUGUGAGCGGUUAGUGGAUCUAUGUAUCCUGAAACUAGAUGAGGACUGGUUUCCUCUUCUUGAUUUGCUGGCAAUGGUUUUUAAUCCUAGUAAUAAAUUUCAUACGUUUAAUGCUGCAAGGGUCUCUGAAACUGUACCUCCAGGAAGUGAUAUUCCUGAUGAACAGCUUUAUGCAAGGCCACCUCCUGAUUCAAGAAGUCCUCGUGGUUGGCUUGUGGAUCUCAUAAAUAGGUUUGGAAGCCUUAACGGAUUUGAAAUUUUGCUCUCUAGAUUUCAGAGCGGCCGAAAUUUAACAGUACCAGUUAUUUACGCUUUAAUCAGACCUUUCGGUUUAUGUUAUGAACUACUUACUGUUCACACAAUAGUUAAAUAUCUGAUGCCUAUUGUGGAAAUGGUGCCUGUAAUUUUGAAUAAUUUAACUGAUGAGGAAUUAAAGAAGGAGGCGAAAAAUGAAUCAAAAAAUGAUGCAAUAUCAGCUAUAAUCAAAGCCGCCAAAUGUUUAGUUUCACGAGUACCACACCAAGAGGAAAUGAUUAAAAAUUUGGGAAUUCUGAGACUGAAAAUGAUAUUGAGACUCUUACAAAUUUCUUCAUUUAAUGGAAAAAUGAAUGCCUUAAAUGAAGUAAAUAAAGUCAUCGCCACUGUUAGUUUUUACCAACAUCGAAAUGCAAUUGUUGAAGAAGAGGAAUGGCUUACUGCGGAAUGCAUGGCUAAAUGGAUAAAGGAAAACGGAGUAUUAGAAAUUGUUUUAAGAGAUUCGUUACAUCAGCCUCAAUAUGUUGAAAAGUUGGAAAAGAUUUUACGCUUUAUUAUAAAAGAACGAGCAUUAACUUUAGAAGAUUUAGAUGCUGUUUGGGCAGCACAAGCCGGGAAACAUGAAGCUAUUGUGAAAAAUGUUCAUGAUUUGUUAGCCAAACUCGCUUGGGAUUUUAGCCCUGAGCAACUUGACCAUUUAUUCGAAUGUUUUCAGAUGAGUUGGAAGACUGCUAAUAAGAAACAAGGAGAAAAAUUAUUAGAAUUAAUUCGGAGAUUAGCAGAAGAUGAUAAAGAUGGUGUAAUGGCACAUAAGGUGUUAACUCUGUUUUGGAAUUUGGCUCAUUCUGACGAGGUGCCUACAGAAAUAAUGGAUCAAGCAUUAAAUGCUCAUGUAAAAAUUCUUGAUUAUUCGUGUUCACAAGAAAGGGAUGCUCAAAAGACAAUUUGGUUAGACAAAUGCGUGGAAGAACUAAAGAAUAGUGAUAAGUGGGCUUUGCCUGCAUUAAAACAAAUUCGGGAAAUAUGCUGCCUUUAUGAACCAAACCCUAAUAUAGCAUGUCAUGGUCAACGGAAUCAUCAUUAUAGGCAAGAUGUUAUAGAACGACUUCAAGCAGAACAUUCUGCAGUAAUUCUCGUGACAAACAGUUUAACAAAUUAUAUGGAUAAAAUGCGGCAGUUGGUUAAGGAAAAUCCAGAUAUUGAUGGAAAUACUUACAUGCACGAUGGUCGCUACAAUCAUAUUAUGCAAGUACAGGAAAGACUUAAUUUCCUCCGUUUCUUGUUGAAGGAUGGUCAACUAUGGUUAUGCGCGGAUCAAGCUGAACAGAUUUGGCAAUGUUUAGCUGAACAAGGUGUAUUUGUAUCCGAUCGUGAAGCAUGUUUCAAAUGGUUUUCAAAAUUAAUGGGAGAUGAACCAGAUCUUGAUCCAGCAAUAAAUAAGGACUUUUUCCAAAAUAAUAUAUUACAAUUAGAUCCGACAUUACUUACGGAAAGUGGUAUCAAAUGUUAUGAAAGAUUUUUCAAGGCAGUCAAUUCUAAGGAAGGAAAAUUAAAAUUAAAAAGGAGAACGUUUCUAAUGGAUGACGUUGACCUAAUUGGUACAGAUUAUUUGUGGCGCGUCGUGACCAAUAGCCCCGAAGAAAUAGCAAAUCGAGCUAUAGAAUUAUUAAAAGAAGUGAAUACUAAUUUAGGACCACGACUUCAGUCAUCAGUUUUGGCAUUUCACGUGACAUAUAUAGGAGAGUGUAUGGACAGAUUGAAAGCACAUUAUGAUACUGUAUCUGUCUUGAGUAAAGUAUACCUUGAAGGAAGGGAAGAACGCGAACAGCAAAUGUCAAAUAAAAUUAAAAUAGAAGCUAUGAAAAUGUGCCGUGUUAUGAAAGUUUUACAGGAAUAUAUAAAUGAAUGUGAUACGACAUUUCCAGGAGAACGAAAAAUAUUGCCAUUACAUAGAGCAGUUCGUGGGAAACACCUAUCUCUUAUCAUUCGUUUUGCGAAUCCUGGUCGUAAUGUGGAUGAUAUAGAGAUAUUUACACAUAGCAACGACACUUUGGGGUCAUUAAGGCGACAAAUAUUACGCAGAAUUAAGGCAAAUGGAUCAAAUGUGAAACUUGACUUAUUUCUUAAUGGAGAACCUUUGGAGUCAACAGAUGACAGAAAAUUACUUUCCCAAACUCCAUUGAGAGAUAAAAUGCUGUUGUCUGCAAAACUAAGUCAAGUAAACAGCAACUUACCGAGUUCGCCAGAUAGUAGCUCAGAUAGUUCUACCAGUUCUCCACACCAUCCAUAUGAUGGGCCAGAUGCAGAAGCAGAAAACAGUUUACCCGGAGUGGUCAUAUCGCAAAGAUCGCAGUAUGCUACAUUCUUCUUUCAGUUAGCAGAUCUUGGAUGUAGUCUUCAACACGCGCAAUUACGCGAUGGUGCAAGGAACCUUUUACAACUGGUGCCACCAGAUACACUUACUGUAUCACGAUUGCAGUCGUUAUUCGGUCAUUGCAAAGAAGACGACAAUUUAGAUAAUGCUCUUUGUAAUGAACAAAAUACUACAGUAGAUUCUUUAUUUUUUACUGCAAGUUCUAGCCAAGUUUUAUACAAUUUAGAGGUUUUAUAUAGUUUAUUAAUGCCAGUUUUAGAUCCAAUGUCAGAAAGAGCGUUUGAGUUUCAGUGCAACUUUAUAAAAAGUGGCGAAGCUGGUGUUAUUCUUGAAAUGUUAACUAAAAAUAAAUUUCUACCAAAUGCAGACGAAACUACUAAACGAGCAGCUUAUUUAACGGUGUUAAAAUUAUGUAAACUCUUAUUAACGACAGUGGGUAAUGUGAUGGCCUGUGUAAUGGAUGAAGUGCAGCAAGCUGGUAUUUCGGAAAAUCACGAUAAUCAUGUUCACAACAAUCGAGGCCCAUUAGCGGUUUUGAAACAAGCCUUACAAAGUGUACCUAAUCAGAAUACUGAGUAUAUGUUGAGAAGCGUAGCAACGAACUUGGCGCAGCAUUUAGCGCUUCGAAUGUUAUGUGGAGCAGCGGAAUCUGACAAAUGUCGGCAACUUUUUAUGCAAGCCCUUUCCUGGGAGCUACCAGACGUAGCUACUAUUCGUGCCAUAAUUAGGCUAGCAUGGGCAGCAUCGACAGGUAAUUUAAAUAAUAUAAAUGCUUCUGCUGAGAUGCUCCAUACACUUCACGAAAUAAACGAAAAGGAAACGUCAAAUAAUCCUGACAAUAACGAUGUGUUAGUAUGUAAAGAAGCAUUAGAAGUUCUGACAAUCGCUUUGGUACUGAAUCCAACUGCGUUAGAAUCAUUAUCAAGAGAUAAAAUGUGGCAUACGUUUUUAAUAGACCUUGUUCUCUUGAGUACAUCGAGAGUGGUUAGAAUGGCUGCGGCUGAACAGUUUUUUCUUAUAUCAACGUGGUACAGUAGUGGUCAUCAACCAUUACUUUUUGCAAUAACGCUACUUUUCACUGUUUUAAACACUACGGUUAUGGAGCACGCAAAACAGAGUCAUGAGUAUUUUCAGCUUUUAUGUAGGCUGCUAAACUUUGCACACAUGUCAGGAUGUCCUCUUCUGACUGCUGAAACAUUAUUGAACAUCGAAAUAGCAUGGUUAAAGAAAGUACGAGACAAUGUUAAAGAAACUGGAGAAAGUCAAGUCGAUGAAGCUGUCCUUGAAGGUCAUCUUGGUCUUACUAAAGAAUUACUAGCUUUUCUACCUCCGAGUAAAAAGUUUGAACUUGGCUCUGAUGAAAAACACGGCGUAAAUUUGAUUAAGGAAUUAGUCGAAGAUUUUGUAUUUCCUGCAUCGCGUCUUAUGCUGCAACUGCGUAGCACUGGAGAGCUAAGUGCUUCGCAAGCGAGCCCAGUAUGCACGACUCCUCAAUCAACUAGCGCAGCAUUUGAUUUACUUGUAGGUCUUUGUGUAGGCUGUGUACCUAACAUGAAACUUCUAGUCACAAUGCUCACUGAUAUGUUCUACUCUGAGAGAGAUGAACCGCUAGUAGAAUGGGAUUAUUUACCACCAGUCGGGCUUAGGCCACUGAAAGGCUUUGUAGGUUUAAAGAACGCUGGUGCAACUUGUUACAUGAACUCAGUAUUACAACAAUUGUACAUGGUUGAAAGUAUAAGAGUCGGACUUUUGGCUGCAGAAGGUGCAGCGACAGAUUUGAAUGAAGAUUUUUCUGGAGAAGAAAGAAUUGAAGGAGAACAAACGAUAGAAGCAAACGAUAAUGAUACAAAUGAAGAAAAAUGUGGAGCAGACGAAUCUCGAAAGGAAUAUAAUAUUGGUAUUUUAAAGCAAGUUCAAGCAAUCUUUGGUCAUCUAGCAUAUAGCAAAUUACAAUAUUAUAUACCUAGAGGUCUUUGGAAACACUUUAAACUUCAAGGUGAGCCUGUAAAUCUUAGAGAACAACAAGAUGCAGUAGAAUUUUUUAUGAGCUUAGUGGAAAGCUUAGAUGAGGCAUUGAAAGCCUUAGGACAUGAACAGAUAAUGAGCAAGAUUCUUGGUGGUUCAUAUAGUGACCAGAAAAUCUGCAAAGGUUGCCCUCAUAGAUAUUCCAAGGAGGAGCCGUUUAGUUUGAUAAGCGUGGAUAUCAGGAAUCACAGUAAUUUACUGGACUCUCUUGAACAAUAUGUGAAAGGAGAAUUAUUGGAAGGUGCAGACGCUUAUCAUUGCGACAAAUGUAAUAAAAAGGUCGUAACAGUAAAACGAUUAUGUGUAAAGAAGUUGCCACCUGUUUUAGCGAUACAAUUAAAAAGAUUUGAAUAUGAUUACGAAAGAGUUUGCGCUAUAAAAUUUAACGAUUAUUUUGAAUUUCCAAGAGAUUUGGAUAUGGAACCUUAUACUGUUUCUGGGCUCGCUAAACUGGAGGGAGAAGUUAUAGACUGUGAUUACGAGGAAUCGGUGAAAGGGACUUGUACUAAAUAUCAAUUAACUGGCAUCGUAGUACAUAGUGGCCAGGCUAGUGGUGGUCAUUAUUAUUCGUAUAUCCUACAUAGACAAAAUGAUGGCGUUGCAAAAUGGUAUAAGUUCGACGAUGGCGAUGUUACGGAAUGUAAAAUGGAGGAAGAGGAAGAAAUGAAAUCGCAAUGUUUCGGCGGUGAUUACUUGGGAGAAGUGUUUGAUCAUAUGCUUAAAAGAAUGAGUUACCGGAAACAAAAACGAUGGUGGAAUGCCUAUAUGUUAUUUUAUACCAGAUUAGAUGUAGAAGAAAAUUCUUUAAUGAAAAGUGUUAAUGAAUUAUCCUUGUAUACGAAACUAGGAGUUAUGAAAAUGCCCCCAGCUAUCGAAUAUAGUGUCAGAAAACAGAAUAUCAAGUUCAUGCAUAAUCGAAACCAGUUUAGCGCAGAAUAUUUUCAAUUUAUUAAAAAACUUGUAUCUUGUAAUCCCCAUAACAUCAAUAGACAAAAUAUGAAUGAAAAACUUAAUCCUGAGCAGGAAGAACUUGCAAUGCUAUCCGUACAAUUAGCAUCGAGAUUCCUGUUUUACACAGGUUUUCAUACUAAGAAAACUUUACGCGGUAACGCAACGGAUUGGUAUGACAUCGUUUGUCAUCAUUUACGUAGUAGCAAAACAGUACGAUCCUGGUUUGCUCAUAAUGUCCUAUUUAAUCAUCCACAUAGAUUUUGCGAAUAUCUUUUGAGCUGUCCUAGUACAGAAGUUCGUACGGCAUUUCUCAAAAUUUUGGUAUUUCUCGCACACAUUUCCUUACUGGAUGGCCCAUGCGUGCCGCCUAGUUUAAACGCACCAACUAUACUUUUAGAUCCAACAGCAACACUCAGUGAUCAUUUAUUGCAUGCAGUACUUUCUUUACUUCAUCGUGAAAUCUCAGAUCAUGGCCGCCAUUUACCACAUUAUUUCUCUCUGUUUCACACGUAUGCAUCGCUUGGUCUCGCUGAAAAGGCCCAAUUGCUUAAGUUAAAUGUGCCGGUUACGUUUAUGUUGGUUGCUAUCGACGAAGGACCCGGACCUACGAUAAAAUAUCAGUAUCCUGAAUUAACUAAAUUGCAUCAGGUAGUUAGUAUGUUGAUACGCUGUUGCGACGUGUCAUCGAAAGCACACUCGAGUCUUGCACAGUCAGGCGUAGCACCUUUACCAAACCCGUAUGGUGACCCGGCAUGUCAAAAUGAAUAUUUGAUGCCUAUUCAGCCGCAGGCAGCAGAUAUUCUCUUCGUUAAGAACAGUUAUAUGAAAAAAUUGAUCGAAGAUGCAGACGUUAACGUUACUGAAGAUACAGUGAAAUUAUUGCAAUAUUGUUGUUGGGAGAAUCCUCAUGUGUCACGAACCGUUCUCAGUGAAUUAUUAUGGCAGAUUGGAUUUUCUUUCGCACAUGAAAUAAAACAUCAUACUGACCUAUUACUUGCUGUACUUCUUAUGGAGGACUCGUGGCAAACUCAUCGUGUUCAUAAUGCUCUGAAAGGCGUACCAGAUGAAAGAGAAGGUUUAUUCGAGAUAAUACAAAGAAGUAAACAUCAUUAUCAGAAAAGAGGUUAUCAAUGCAUUAAAUGCAUGGUGCAGCUCUUCAGUAAGUGUCGACCUGCUCAUCAGCUCCUGCAUCAUAGCUCCGAAUUGAAGAGGAAGUGGAUACACGCUACCGACUGGCUUCACGAAGAACUCGAUAAAAGACCGUAUGCUUCUGCGGCACCAUAUACUCAUGCGUAUAGUAAUUGGUCUCCACCAGCUCAGUCCAAUGACUCUGCGAAUGGUUAUGUUUUGGAGCGUAGUAAUAGCGCGAAGAAAACAUUAGAAAGAGCAUGCGAACUUUGUCCGGAUGAAGAACAGGAGGUAGAGGAUACAAGCGAAGAUUGCACUGAGGAGACAGAAAAGUACCAACCACAGAAUAGAGACAUAUUGCGAUCGAGACGUAGUUUAGUAUGGGGAUGUAUAGGUUAUCCUGACGUCACUGUUAUGCAACAAAUGCAAGAGGAACAACAAUCUCAGCCUAGACCAUCUCCAGUUCAUACUCCUCUUUGGUCCCAAUCCCCGGUUAUACUCACACCACCAGCUCAUCAGUUACAUAGUCCACAGAACUGUGAGUCGUCACAAAAUACCAGCCAGGAUCCAUAAUGAACGCUACAUAUUGACGUUCUACCAAGUUGCUGCCUCGGUGAAACUGUUUCAAGAUAUUUAGACAUUACUGUGCCAGCAGCUUGGUGCCGAACGAUAGAGGCACCUGUACAGAUAUAACUCGCAGAUUUGUUCUUAUUUGCUGGUAUUCACGAACUUGCAUUUGCAACCUGAGUUUUAUUGUGGGCAGUUACUUUCAUGAAUGAUACGAUGUGGCAUAGCUAUCUGCACUAUUGAGAAAAAAGAACGAUGUUAGAAACAGCAGGCGAUUAUUAAAUAAGUAAGAACAGAAUUUCUACGUAUUAGUUGAGGCAAUGAGAAUUCUCAUCGUAAUUUUUUCUUACUCCUAACGUUCGUGCAUUCCUCAUUUUUUUUGCAUCUAUAUAAUAAUUUGAGCUUUUGAAUUUCGAUAAAAGGAAGGUUGUUUUGGUAGAAAGAAAUCUUUUGAAGAGAAAUUGAUACGAAGAGGAAAAAAGAACAAUUUAGAUAAGAAUUACACUUGCCUCGAUUAAUGCAUACGAAUUCAAGUGUAGGAAUACGAUAAGAUUGUAUAAAUGUAUAGCGAAUAGUGUUAUGGAAUCCCGUCUCUGCCGAAUAGAAAAGAAAGGUAUAAAAAAAAAGAACCUAACUUUCCGUAUGUCUAUGUAAAUUUGUUACUAAUAAAAAGUUAAAAAAUGAAACUUUCUAACGAUCGAAGGAUAAGGCUAAAAAAUACAGUAGUUUCCGAUUUAAUUGAAAAGAGAGCAGAGUUAACAAGUCAAGAGAAAAGAAAAAUUACACAUCUAUCGAUAUUUCACUAUUUUAGUCUUUCAAGACAAAGUAAACGAAAAAAUUUCCUUGUACUUAAUCUCGAGUAUCAAAAAAAGAAGAAAAGAAAAAAAAUAUAAAAAAAGGAAAAAAGAAAGAAAAAUAAAGAAAGGAAAGCCACUCCUCUGAUGCAGACGUUUGUGCUGUAUGAGAAUUUAAACAUACACCAAUGAGAUGCCUCCCAUUGUGCUUUCUUUCAGUUCAUCGAAUUUGAGAAGAAGAGUUGUGUCUUUGAUAUCAUGCGACUCCAUUUUGUAUCUUAGCUAGUUAUUUAAGAAUCGAGUUGUUGCUUCAAAUUUUCAUUGCUUAUAUUUUUGUCUGUUAUGUUUUUUCGGCUAUUUAUGAGAAAUAUAACGAAAAAGAACUUGAUCGAAUGAAAUUCAAGUGGGCGGUGCAGUUGACCGCCUAAAAAGUUAUUCGAAUAAGAAACGACAGUUAUGACGGGAUGUUUCUACUUUAAAUAGUAAAGAUGGAUAUUAAAAAAGAGAGAAAAAGAAGGAGGCAAAAUGGAUGGAUCAGUUUGUGUUUAUUAUAACGAGUCGCAGUGCCGCGGGAAAGAAAAAUAAGCCUUGUUCGAAGUCCAAAUUUUUACAAAACGAAAAACAAAUUAAAAAAAAAAAAGGGGGAAAAGAAUAAAAGAAGGAAUUGAAGAAAGCGUGACGGUAGCGACACAAAAAGGGUAUGAAACAAAUAUAAAGAAAAAACACUAAUUUGUAUCGUUCUAAGGUACGAUCCAUCGUUAAGAAAGAAGAGCUGUGGUCUUUUCGCAGUAUUAUAAAUCGAUUCUUAGUUUUCAGUCGACAAGGAAAAGGACAGAUGUGUCAGAUGUUAUACUGCUUGUAUACUGUUCGGCAUUUUAUCGGGCAUACAACGGAUAAACGACGAAACAUGGGAGAAUAAACGAUGACUGCGAUCCUUUAACGUAUGAACUGGCCAUAGCUCUGACUUAUUAAAUAACAUGUGUUAUAUAGAUAUUAUAUAAAUAAUACUAAAGAGGAGGAGAGAAAGAGAAAAUAAAGUCACGUGUAAUGAGGAUAUAAAGCAAGCCGUGUGUAUACAUAGGAAUUCGUGCGAUGAGAAAAUCAACGACUAUGUCAAGACACCAGGAAAUAACGACAUAUUGAUUAUACUGUUCGUAUUUAUCAAAUAUCCACGUUAAACAGUGUACCAAAUUAUAUAAUAGCUACUAUCGGUUAAAAAUAAUAAUAAUGGUACCUAAUCUUACUCAGAAUAUGUACAUAUGCAACUGCUUUUUAUAUGUGAUAAAAAUUAUUAUAUUCCUAUUAUACAUUGAGGUUAGUAUGCUAUUGUAAAUCCUGGUUUUUUGUACACAGACUGUAUGCUAAGUUCAAUUUUUUUGUUAACGGAGAGAAUGUAGUCUAUAAUUAUUUAAUAUUUAAUUGUAUCGCUGAAAGAAUAAGCGUAACACGUCUUGUAUGAUAUACAUAACUUGAUUACUUUCUAACAAUCAUUAUCAGAUUUAAGUGAUCGAACCUCGAAGUUUGUGUCAUGAUAUAAUACUACUAGUAGUGUCAUUUCUUUUUCUUUCUUUCUUUCAUAUUUCGUUCUCUUUUUUCUUUUAUUUCUCUCGAACGAGCGAUGAUAGAGCUAGAAAGAUAUGGACAUUAAGGGGGAAAAAACAGAUGUAAGACAACCGGGUACACGAUUCUAAUUCAUGAUUUAUAUAACUAUUGUCCGAAAACUUAUCGAGCGAUUUCAUCGAACUAUCGAACAUUCUCAUAUUUACUAUGAAUUCUAUGCGAAACUGUGACGGAUCUACGAGAGUCGAUCAAGAUUGCCGGUCAUUUUUAAUGCGGUAGUUGCGAAUAAACACGCUUGUUUUUUUAUAGUCGACGGAAAAAGAAAACGGUCGGAUGCAACAUUUAUACAUUUUCCUUUUUGCACGAAAUGUUACUAUACAGAGAACAACAACGAUGAAACAUGAUACAAAAAAAAAAGAGCAAGAACGAAAAAGAAAACGAUAUAUUCAAAUCUCGAUAAUAAGCGAAGGUGACUGAUACGACGCGUUAAUCAAAAUCAAAGGCAAAUGCAUGUGAAGCAAUGAAAAAAAGAAAAAAAAAAAGAGUAAAGUUAUACAGUUGCAUGCUUAAGCAAAGAAGAAAAUGACACUUGUACACAAAAACGAAAAAGACGCGGAAAUGAGACAAAAAAAAAAAAGAGAGAAGCAGUUACAAUAAUUCGAACUCCAAGCGAAGUGAAAUUUCAUAAAACACAAAG